ACGCCCAGGAAGUCUAGCCGAGCGCAGAGCACCUCCGCGCUUCGAUGGAGUAUGGCGCUCUCCGGAGGCUUGAGAUGCUGCCAGAGGGUUUUCUCCUGGAUUCCCGUGCUUAUCAUCACCUGCGUGCUGCUGUGGUCCUACUACGCCUACGUCUUCCAGUUGUGUCUGUUCACCCUGUCCAACACUUUGGAGAAAGUGGCCUAUUUACUGGUGUUCCAUGUGUGCUUUGGGAUGUUUUCCUGGACCUACUGGCAGUCCAUCUUUACACCUCCUUCUUCACCAUGCAAGAAGUUUCAGCUGUCGUACUCAGAAAAGGAACAAUACGAGAUGGAGGAGAGGCCGGAUGCACAGAAACAAAUCCUGGUAGAGAUUGCUAAGAAGCUUCCCAUCUAUACCCGAGCUCAGUCUGGAGCUAUCAGGUUCUGCGACCGCUGCCAGGUGCUGAAGCCUGACCGCUGUCACCACUGCUCGGUCUGUGAAAUGUGUGUUUUGAAAAUGGACCAUCACUGUCCCUGGGUGAAUAACUGCGUGGGCUUUUCCAACUACAAGUAUUUCCUGCUUUUCCUCUCCUAUUCCAUGCUUUACUGCAUAUUCAUCGCAGCCACUGUCUUUCAGUACUUCAUCAAAUUCUGGGUGGGGGACUUGCCAAAUGGGCCUGCAAAGUUCCAUGUCCUCUUUCUCAUGUUUGUGGCACUCAUGUUCUUUGUCAGUCUCAUGUUCCUCUUCGGUUAUCACUGCUGGUUGGUGGCCAAAAACAGAUCCACUUUAGAGGCUUUCUCUGCUCCGGUUUUUGUCAACGGACCAGACCGACAUGGCUUUAACAUUGGCAUACGCAGAAAUCUGCAGCAAGUGUUCGGAAAAGACCGGAGACUGUGGUUUAUUCCAGUUUUUACAAGCCAAGGGAACGGCCACUACUUCCCCUUAAAGAAUCGGAGAGAGUGUCAAAACCCCUUGCUAGCCAGCGAGGAGAUUUGGGAGGAGUCAGACGACGCCUCAGAGGAAGGAAGCUGGGUUGAGGAUGAACACCUGUCUGUUACCAUCGAGAGGGAGGACUAGCACGUUCAUGUGAGAAGUGACUGCUGCACACAGACCCAACCUGUGGAUGAUGUUUUCCUCUGGUGAAAAAGACAAUGUGACCAAGCAGCCGUCUGCUUCCUGUCAUCGCAGCAAGGUGAAUGAAGCACAGUGUCAUGUGAUCAUGUCAACAUGUGUACAUGUGUGUCAUGUGAUCAUGUCAACAUGUGUACAUGUGUGUCAUGUGAUCAUGUCAUCAUGUGUACAUGAGGUAAGCCAUGCUUCUCUGUAUCCCCUUCUGCACUCGUCUAAUGUUACCUGGGCGGAAAGCUCAGUUGUGUCACAGAAGAAGCGUAUCGUAUUUAUUUCCUCUCCGCUAGCUCGCGCCUUAAACACUUUUACAUACGUCGCCCUGUGUUUUGGGAGCCCAUUUUCCCAGGGAAUGUUCUGGACUGUGCUGUAUUUUAGACAACUCUCCAUCUUUUAUUGUUACAUUUAGGUUGGUAAAGGGAAGAGACUUAUUUAAAUCAUUUAAUAUCAAAGCAUGUAAGACAGGGGUGUCCAAAGUGCGGCCCGCCACACAUUCUGCAAAAACUGCAAGAUUGAUAGUAUUGCAAAAAUGUAAAAAAAACAUUUAAAAAAAAGUGGAAUGAGGUGAAAUCUAAUGAGAAAAAGUGGCAAUGUUGACACAAAGCUGCCAUGCAGGCGGUUUGUUUUUUUCCUUUUGUCUUUAUUUUCUUUUUUUUUUCCAUUGGUCAAACAAAACAAAAAAAAAGAACAAAAAAAUCAAUGUCAUAAUAAAUAAAUAAAUGGGUUGCACUUGUAUAGCACUUUUCUACCUUCCACAUUUACCCAUUCACACACUGAUGGAGGGAGCUGCCAUGCAAGGCGCUAACCAGCAUGAACUAUUACUUAGAAAUGAUCACUUUAAAAUGUUUUAUGUGGAAAAAAUAUUGCAUAUGUUGUGUGGUUGCCAUAUAAAAGUUUUGACAAAAGAGCAUAAAACAAACAAAAAUAUAGUUCAAACUUAAAAUCGACAGAUAUAUCAAAAGUUGAUCUUGAAAUUUAAGUGAUAAAAGUUUAAAAAAAAAAACUAAUAAAAAUGCAUCACUUUAUGAGUGGGGAACAUUUGGGAUCUCAAAUAUAUUUAGUAGGAUUUUAUUUAACUUUUCACUGUGAUUACUCAAAAAUAUUAAAUAAUUAAAAUCAAUGGUGUCCUGCAUUAUUGUUUUUUGAGGGCUUUAAUUGCUAAAUAAAGGAACUCUCCUGAAGGAAUAUAAAGUACUAUCUAUCUAUCUAAAUACUGCAUAUUUCAGUUUUACUCUAAAAAACAAAGUUGUCUUUGACAGAAUCUUAGUUGUUUUACUUUAUAUCAACUUCAAGUUGAUAUAGAAUUUACUGCAAGCAUUAAAUACAAAAGAAUAAUAAUUUAGUGACUGAGACCCUCUAUGCUCCCCAGGAGCCCUAAGGAUUAAAAAUAAAAAUCUUUAUAUUUUGUUAUGGUUAGAAAAUGAAAAAUAUCCAAAUGGCCCCCGCAUGUUUACAUUUUUCCAUGUGGAAAAAGUUUGGACACCCCUGAUGUAAGAGAUAUGAAGAAUCAUAUCCUAAAUACUUAUGUGCUCAACAA